UCUAUCUAGUUAUCUGUCCCUUUGCCUGGAUUGCCUUUGAAUCAUUAUUUGUCACAGGUUUUUGUCAUCUGUGACUCACUUAUUUUCUUGAUUUUCUGUUGCAUUUUGAUAAAAAUCCAGUCUUUUUUACCCUUUAUGCAUCUCUGUCUAUUUUGAUUUGUUUGCUCCCAUUUUCUUCUCUGUUGAGUUCAUCUCUAUUUUGGGCUUGAUUGAAAAAGAUAGAAAGAUUGAUUUUUGGGAAGUGUGUUGAAGUAUGAGUGUUGAAUGAUGAUGGUGAUGAGUCUUUUGACCAGUAAAAGGGGGAAAUGGAUAAAGUAGAGAGAGAAACCCCCAAAUAAAGAUGUCCCCUUCCCAACAGUUGUUGAUGUAGAGCCUUUUCAUUCUUUCAUUACCCCCUUUUCAUUCAUACACAUGUGUGCUUUAUAUAUGCUUGAAAUUCUAGGUUUUAUUACAUGUUGGUUGAUAAUUGAGUAGUUUUUUUAGCAUAAUAAGGUUUUUGGUAAGAAUGCCUAUGUUUAAGGAAGAUGGGAUUCUUGGAAUUGAGGUGAGAUUAGAUGGGUGCAUAUUGGAUGUAGAUAGAGAGGUUAAAGAUGGGAUUUUUAGUGGAAUUGUAGCUGGGAAUUGUAACUAUGUGGGAGGGGAGAAGUUGGAUCUCAAGAAAAUGAUUGAAGAGCUGAAUAUGGUUGAAGUUCCAUCUGUUUUCAUUUGCCCCAUCUCCCUUGAGCCAAUGAAAGACCCUGUGACACUCUGCACGGGCCAAACCUACGAGCAAUCAAACAUCCUCAAAUGGUUUAGCUUGGGGCAUUACACGUGCCCCACGACGAUGCAGGAGUUGUGGGACGACACACUCACAUCGAACAAGACUCUCCUCCAUUUGAUCCAUAUGUGGUUCUCUCAAAAAUAUGUCCAAAUGAGGAAGAGAUCCGAGGACGCUUAUGGGAGGGCGUCCGAGCUUCUUGGUAGCCUUAAAACGGUGAAGGGGCAAUCGAGAAUCCUGGCUCUUAAAGAGCUGAGGGGAGUUGUGGUGAGGCAUUGUUUAGGUAGGAAGGCGGUUGUGGAGGAAGGGGGUGUGGCUCUGUUAUUCUCAUUUCUUGGCCCGUUCACCUCUUAUGGUGUGGGGUGUGAGGUUGUUUCGAUUCUUGUGAAUUUGGACUUGGAUUGUGAGACGAAGAGGGAGUUGAUGCAGCCGGCAAAGAUGUCAUCCAUUGUUGAUUUGUUGAAUGAAGGGUCUGUUGAGACUAAAGUGAAUUGUGUUAGGUUGAUCGAGACGUUGAUGGAGGAGAGCGAUUUUAGGGCGCAAAUCGUCUCGAGCCAUAGCUUGUUAGCUGCAUUGAUGAGGCUGGUGAGGGAUAAGAGGCAUCGUUUCCCCGGUCUUCGCCUACUCAAGCUCGUUUGCACUAGUGAAAAAGCCCGAGUCUUGACAGUCAGCAUCGGGGCUAUACCUCAGUUGGUGGAGCUGAUACCGGCCUUGAAUCCGGAGUCCGUAGAGCUGGCCCUUUUCGUUUUAGACGCCCUGUCGUCCGUGCCAGAAGGUCGACAAGCUCUUAAGGAUUGCUCGGGGACUAUACCAAAUGUCGUGAAGCUGUUGAUGAGAGUGUCCGAGAAUUGCACAGAACACGCCUUGUCGAUCUUGUGGUGUGUAUGCAAGGUUUCACCCGAGGAAUGCUCACCCGUUGCAGUGGAGGCCGGCCUUGCGGCGAAGCUCCUCCUCGUCAUCCAGAGCGGCUGCAGCCCUGCGCUCAAGCAGCGUGCGUCCGAGCUUUUGAAGCUCUGCAGCCUCAAUUACUCGGACACGACAUUCAUCUCCAAGUGCAAGCUAACUAGGACAAUGAGAUGAGCUGUUGAUCGAGGUGGUUCGACGAAUGUGGAGAUCCAUGUUGUACGUAAACGCACGCACGCGCCUUGGCCAAUGCGGCUCGUGCUCGUGCGUUGCAAUAAGGCACUAGAGAAAGUGUCAUUGUAAAGAUAUUUGUGAGUCUCCACAUUUCUUGAAUGUUUGAUGUUUGAAGGCCCUCCAAAUUACUUCUGCAGAUUUUGUAUAAGUUUUUUUUUUGUUUUUUUGUUGAUGUGAACUAGAGUGUAAAAUGUAGAGAAAAAGGGGCGUUUGGGCUCCAAUUUUUAUAUUUUUCAAUUAUUAUUGAAUCUUGAGUUGGUUUGAUU